CUUUAACAGUCUCAGGUUUCAUCAGUUUACUAGGACUUCCGCUACUGCUGAAGAAAAUAAAAUCAUUGUUAAAAAUCAUGCUGGUUGAAAGCAUUUAGAGUUCAUGGUAUGGCUUUCGUGACGAGAUUUGUGUUAACGCUUGUACUAACUACACUGGCCGACUGUACAAAUUCACAAAGGCUAAGACCCAACUAUUUUAUUUUCGCCCCGGAAAUGCUUCAUGUAGGCGUUACAGAAAAUAUUUCUGUCAAGGUGUCUGGCGUUACGAGACCUGUAAAUGUCACGCUGUUUUUGACUGAUUAUCCGGAUAAAAGCACUGAAUUUGCGCAUGCCCAAGGGACUUUUAGACCAGAUGAAAAUGGAUUUCUAUCAGUCAAGGUGAAUGCUACGGAAGUGACGUCACUGUCACGUGAUGGGGACCUCUACGCGUACCUUGUGGUCAUGUGCAGGGAUCCACAGGUGCCCUUCAUCCGGGAAACCAGGGUCCUUAUCAGCUACAGGAGCAUGAUGCUGCUGGUCCAAAUAGAUAAGCCCAUAUACACGCCCUCCCAAACAGUGAAGAUGCGUGUAAUACCAUUAGACUUUGACCUCCAAUCAUUAAAAGUCAAGGUUGACAUUAUUGUUAAGAAUCCCCAAGGCAUUCGGACUCAAAAUUGGCAAAAGCUGUCUUCUGAGCAUGGAAUAAUUUCCAAAGCUCUUUCACUCGGCCCGCGUGCGAUGCUGGGAAACUGGUCAAUAAUAGCCUAUCACCAUGGAUACGGGAAUAAAACUAACACUACGGUCCAUUUUGAAGUGAAACAAUACGUUUUACCUCGCUUCUCUGUCCGGAUUAUCGGACCUGACUACAUUCUCCCAAAGACACGUUCUAUCAAGAUCGCAGUGAUAUCGAAGUACACUUAUGGUAAAGCCGCCCAAGGCAGUGUUACUGUUCGACUCUCUGUCACUGGGGGAGGAAGCCCGUCUAUCAGGUUCUACUCGACCACAGAAAAACUUAUUGACGGCAAAUCUACACUAGACGUGGACAGCGGUUUCAUCAAAAAGCAUCCUUCAAGACCGUGGUUCCCGGAUGGCCGGCGCCUACAAAUUGAGUGUGACGUUAUCGAGGAAGCUACGGGCAUGCGCGAGUCAGCGGUCGACAACAGUGUUUACUUUGUCUCGACGCCUUUUCACGUGACAAUAGCAGACACCGCUUUGUUCUUCAAGCCAGGACUACCGUUUGUUGUUAAGAUUGCUAUCCAUUAUCCGAACAAACAACCUGCGCGUGGUAUCCCUGUGGACGUUUCGGCCAUGGGGAAGAAGCACAACAACACAAACGUGAACAUACUGACCAAGGUCAGCGGUAAGCUGGAGAAGAUCCUGCGCCAGCAGACCAAUAAUGCGGGAAAAGCCGAGUUCACACUGGACAUCCCAAGGAACGUGAAGACGAUCACCGUCAAGAUACGAACUGCUGUUAGGGAUACGAUAGACCCCGAUGACAACGCUGUGAUCAUCAUCUCUGCUGAAUCCUACUUCUCACAGUCAAAUAGCUACUUACACAUUCGCCCUAAGGUACCAAAGGUGUCUGUAGGCCAGACUGCGAGGUGGGACGUAUUCCAAAACCGAAAUAUUACAAGUAUAAGUUUCAUGGUUCUCUCACGAGGUAGAAUAAUUCUUCAUCGAUCCAUCUCAUCGUCAAGUGGAGUCAACAUCGCCAGUACGUUGGCCUUCCCCGUUACACUCGCAAUGGUCCCGCGGGCGCGGGUUCUCGCGUACUACGUCACGCAUACGAAUGAGGUUGUUGCAGAUAGUGCCCUUAUGGAAGUCGAGAAUUGGUUUCCAAAUAAGGUUUGGCUCCAGGUCCCUACGCCAGCUAAGGGCCAUCUGCCAGGCUCAACCGUGGAGGUGAAGUUGCACGCGGAGGCUGGGUCUAGAGUUGCCUUGCUGGGGGUAGACGAGAGCGUCUAUUUGCUGCGUAAGAAUAGUAGACUCACAGCAAAACAGGUUUUUCAAGCUGUCAGAGACUUAGAUCUGGGAUGCGGCGUGGGGCCUGGGAAAGACUCAAGUCACGUGUUUAAUAAUGCCGGCUUGUCCAUUAUCAGUAACAACAAUCUUGCACUUAAAUUUGGCCACGAGCGUGAUUGUUCCACCGAGCAUGCGUACCAGAGGCGUACCAAGAGGUCGUCCAAGGAGUCGACUUGCUGUGCUAGUGGGCGGAUGCCGUCACGUGCUAGAUGUGAGCUGCGGGCGCGGUUCUUUCUGGGAAAUGUCAGCGUACAGUGCCGCAAGGAUUUCUUGAAAUGCUGCCGAGAGGAAACUGGGGAAGAAGAAAUUGAAGUUUACCGCGAAAGGCAGACAAAAGAAAAAAAUGCUCGUGUCGAAGAAGACAUCGAAAAUCAAGGACAGAUUAGGAAAUACUUUCCUGAAACCUGGAUCUUCGACGAAUACCAGACAGGACUUGAUGGAAAGUUAGCGUUGCGUUACACGCUACCAGAUACCAUAACGACCUGGGCGGUACAGGCAUUGGCCGUCAGUAACGAAACGGGAUUUGGCGUGACGGAAUUAUCACGUGUGACGACAUUCAAGAAUUUUUUUAUCGCCUUACUUUUGCCUUACUCGGCUCAACGUGGCGAACAGAUCUCUGUAAAAGCCGCAGUGUUCAACUACGGCGAACAAGAAUCAGAGGUCGAGGUUCACUUGACAGGUGAUCCCACAUAUUGCUCUUCAUCUGGUCCUGGGGCGAGCUCUCAGCCAAUCACCUUGAGAAUCGCUGGUAACGACGCCAUUUCCGUCUCCUUUGUUGUGGUCCCAGUCCGACUCGGCCGUAUCCCGAUACGUAUCGUGGCCAAGGCGCGCUUGGCUGGUUCCCAUGGAGACGACUGGACAAUGGAUGCCGUUGAGAAGGAUUUGCUUGUAGUGCCUGAGGGAGUUGAGCGUCGAGUUGUCUACUCUCUAGUCAUCGAUCCACAAGGUGUCCUGAGAGACGAAGUGGAUGCAGUGAAUGGCUCAAGUCCGCCCAUGUCACUCGAUGUGACUCAUGACGGCAAGCAAAUCAGCAACGUGGAACUGGCGGUGCCCAAAGGAGCAGUACCUGGGUCGAUCUUUGCCUCUCUCUAUUUUACAGGGAACCUGAUUGGCUCAGCUGUAUAUAACCUGAUGACAGGUGGAGUAGAGCAUUUACUACGCAUACCCAUUGGCUGUGGAGAACAAAACAUGAUCACUCUUGCUCCAAAUGUCUACAUCUUGGAGUUCCUCUCCAGCUCUAAACAAGUGACAGCAGAAAUUGAGGCCAAAGCUUACCGCCUGAUUCAACAGGGGUACCAGCAGCAACUCGGAUUUCGGAGAAAAGACAAGUCAUUCAGUGCAUUUGGCGAGAGCAGGCCUGGUAGCACUUGGUUGACCGCAUUUGUUAUCAAAGUAUUCUGCACGGCUAAGCGCUUUGAUGGCGUUGCUAUUGACAACGAUUUGAUUCGUGACUCUAUCACGUGGUUGCUUGCAAAUCAACGCGAGGAUGGAGCUUUCCCGGAAGUAAUGGAUGUCGUGCACGUGUCGCUUAUGGGUGGUAUCCAUGGAAGCAUUGCUAUGACGGCGUAUGUGGUGACGGCACUCCUUGAAUGCGAGUGUCCAGGCACUGCACUGGAUCAGGCCACAAAGGUCGCAAAAGCAGUCCACUUCUUAGAACAAGAAAUCAACAACCUUCAGAAGCCGCAAAUUCUCGCUCUGGCGACGUACGCUCUCGCAAUGGCGCGCAGUCCAAAAGCAACACAAGCCAAUACGAGAUUACUAGGGAUGUCACACAACAAUCAAACGAGAGGAAACAACACAAGAUACUGGGAGACAGGCAAGCAUGCUCUUGAUGUGGAAACCGCUGCUUACGCACUGCUGGCUCAGCUUCAUCUCGGCAGGAUAAAACUCGGAGGCCCUGUGGCUAGCUGGCUGACUUUACAACGUAACGCUCAGGGAGGGUUCUCUUCGACUCAGGAUACCUGUGUGGCUCUUCAGGCGCUGGCCAAAUACAGCGAGAAGACCGCAGGCGGGUUUAUGAACUUACAAGUGUCAAUCACUUCAGAUAAAAGCGCUUAUUGGAAGAAAACAUAUCACGUAACCAAGGAAAAUGCUUUGGCGCAUAGAAAACUGGAUGUUACUUCAUUUCUCGGACAUGUUCUGUUCAUUGACGGUGUAGGGACAGGAGUAGGACAAAUUCAGUUAGAGAUCCUUUAUAACGUACCUUCUCCAAAGAACGAGACCUGCUUGUUUGACCUUCGCAUCACGACGACAGAAAUCCAAGCGAAAAAUAAAACAUUGAAUGGUAUAAAUAUAAUAGGACGGUCUCUAAACAGAGAAAAAAGAGAACUGAGAAAUGGAAUAAGAAAGAAGAAAAACAGGAAAAAGAAAUGUCGUAACAAUAAGAGAAAGGGUAAAAGGUGCGGGAGGAAAAGUAAACAGAGGGUCCGGAAAACGAAGAAGAGAAAGGGAGAGAAGAAGUCAAAGAAGACAGAAAAGACAGGAAAGCAGCAAAAGACCCAACAAGACCCACCUGAAUCGAUCUAUAUCAAGGUUUGCACAAGGUUUCGUAGAGAGAAGAGAUCUGGGAUGGCGAUAAUGGAUAUUGGCAUUUUUACUGGGUUUAAACCAGACGAGAAGUCUUUGAUUGAGCUUCAGAAAAAUGUAAGACCGACAGUGGACCGCUUCGAGUUUUCCGAUAGAUCAGUCGUGCUUUACAUAAAUCAGAUUCCGAAUAAAAGAGAAUUCUGCGUGAAGUUCCAAGUAAACCGAAAGUUUGCCGUCGGCACAGUACAACCCGUUCCUGUGACCGUCUACGACUACUACGAGCCGAGUGAUUCCUGUACAAGGUUCUACUCUCCUCACGCAAGGAGCGAAAUGCUGUUAGACGUGUGUCAGGGUGCUCAGUGCAACUGCCUUGAGGCUGGUUGCUCACCUUGCAGCUUGGGUUCACUGUCGGCAGAUAAGCUACUUAAGGAGGCUUGUCACUUCCACGACUUCGUGUUCAAAGGUGAAGUCGUAUUUGCGGACGAGGAACAUCGUAUUGACGAGAAAAGCCGUAAAAGGACGUGGCUUCUGUACUUCCUUAAAGUGACGUCAGUCUUUAAGGAAGGCGUUGCGCGCGUGCGCAAAGGGCAAAUCUUGGAAUACAAUAGACGAGGGGGGUGCAGUUGCCCCGAUUUACAAGUCGGGGUGGAGUACCUAGUCCUAGGACGGCAACAGAGUGCACAGUUCGUCUUUAAUGAGAACACCAGGGUACUGCCGUGGAUUAGCUUGGGGGGUGAACCCCAUGGACAGGGCGUGGUUAGGGAGCUAAGGGCACGACUUCAUCAACCGCACUGGUGCAUAUAGAUAAUAUGUAGUAUUAUUUUAUAGCUACGGUGGUACGCGCGAUCUCAUUGGCUGAUUAGCUGGCUGCAUACACCAGUAUAAUAUUUGUGGUUUUGCUAAUGCAGAUUUUUUUUCAAUUUUAACGCGCAUUUUAAAUUCUGUCAAAGAACAAGAAUAGUACUGCUAUUUGCGGAUAUGUAAUAUGCAAAAUGUUUGCUGUUUUGUGAUAAUUAAAAGACUGAACACGUUUUUGGUCCUUAAUCUCCAAUUUCUAGUACUUGCGGGUUUUUACUGUAUAAUUUGGCAUUGAUUAUUGUAAAAAAUAUAUAUACUCAUAUGACAGUCGGUUACUGGAGCUAAAUAGGUAGAAAAUCAUAAAUGCGAAGAUGAAGGAAAUAAUUAUCUUAGACUUAGACUUUUUUUAUUGUAUCAAAUUGUUAUUUGUAGUAGGUGUGACUGAUCCGCAAAUAGACGAGCUAUUCGAGACGGAUCAGUCACUUACUUAUUUACAUAAAUAUUAAAUAUAAUUGUAUAAGCAAAGUUAAGUGAGAACUAGUAUAUUAUGGAAAUUUGAAAAUUUGAAUAAACACUUCUGGUCUUAGAGAAAAAAAGAGCAUUAACAGCAUUAUUUAUCUGAUGAUAAAAAAAGGGGAAAACAAAGCAAACAUAAGCAGAUAAGUAUGUGAGUUUAUGAUACCAAUAAAUUGUGAUUUUUAAAAA